GGGAGAGGCCGGAAGCGGAAGUGUUUAUCGUUCGCGAUGGCGGCGGCGGAGGUGUCGGCGUUGGGCGGUUUGGGGGUUCCCGAUCCCGAUGGCGGGGGCUCCUCGGGUUCGGAGGACGAGGCGAGGCCUGGCACGGCGGCGGCGGCGGCAGCGCAGAAGCGGGAGGAACGGCUGCGCAAGUUCCGCGAGCUCCACAUGAAACGGAACGAGGCUCGCAAGCUGAAUCACCAAGAAGUGGUAGAAGAAGAUAAAAGGCUUAAAUUGCCAGCGAACUGGGAAGCCAAAAAAGCUCGGCUGGAGUGGGAGCUGAAGGUGGAGGAAAAGAAAAAGGAAUGUGCAGCCAGAGGAGAAGACUACGAGCGAGUUAAGCUGCUAGAGAUCAGUGCUGAGGACGCCGAGAGAUGGGAAAGGAAAAAGAAGAGGAAAAAUCCAGAUCUAGGAUUUUCAGAUUACGCGGCCGCUCAGCUGCGCCAGUACCAGAGGUUAACCCGGCAGAUCAAACCUGACCUGGAGCAGUACGAGAAGCUGAAAGAGCAGUAUGGUGAAGCGCUUUAUCCCACAUCCGACAGUCUUCUCCACGGAACUCACGUGCCAUCUAAGGAAGGGGUUGAUAGAAUGGUUGCAGAUCUUGAAAAACAAAUUGAAAAGCGUGAAAAAUACAGUCGACGUCGUCCUUACAAUGACGAUGCAGACAUCGACUACAUCAACGAGAGAAAUGCCAAGUUCAAUAAGAAGGCAGAGAGGUUCUACGGGAAGUACACGGCCGAGAUUAAACAGAACUUGGAAAGAGGAACAGCUGUCUGAACUGUCAUCUCCCACAAAGCACGUACGACAGCCCUACUGCAUCUAUUAAACUUUGGUAUAGAGAUUUCGCAGGCAAUUUCAAGUUGUAUCAAAAAACCCCAGUUUGUAGACCUCAUUAGCUAAUUUGUAAAAUCAAUAGUAUAUUUAACGUAAUAACUUGCAUAAAACCUUCAGCUGUAUAUGGCUUUUACUUGCAGAAGUAAUCAGCUCGUG